GGAAAAGUGGGAGCUGCGGGGCGUUUGGUAGCACUCCAUGCUGGGAAGUGUAGUUUCUCCCUCCUCGUCUUUCUGGAUGGGGUUGGGGAUGGGGAUGUCCGGACUGCAUCCCUGUCGCUCUCCCGCACGCUCUCCCCACCUCCGUCACCCCUCUUCAGGGCCACUCAGUGCUGACGACAGGCUGAGCUUCCCUCCGCGCGCUCCCCGGGAGUAAGGGGAUGAGAUGGGAAAGGAGACUGAGGGGCUCUGGCGGCUGCCAUUUUGACCUCAGCCUUCCUUCCGGGUUUCGGAGCACCCCCUCCCAGGAUCAGACACCAUCUCCAGCUGGGGUGGGAGGGGUAGCUCCCCCUCCCCCUACCACUUCCUUACCCCCUUCCUCAGUUGCCUCUCACAUCCCAUUCCUGAGCCCGGCGCUCCUGGGCUUGCAGCCAAUCCCUCACACUCAGCCCAUGAGGGAUUGCAGGAGGGAGUUUGGCCAGGGAUGGGAUUUAACAAAUUCCUUGGGGACCUUGAUUCCCAGGGAAGAAUGGCAGUGACCCAGCACGGAUUGGGGGACCCAGUCAGGCAGCCCAGAAAAAGGGAGAUUAUACAAACAGAUGUAAAGACCCAGUAACAACAUGUGUGAAUCUGUCUACGAGGCUGGGACAGGAUAUGAGAUACCCUUGACCAUUACUCCACCUGAAUAUGUUCCAGUUCAUCCGACGUUACAUCACCAGGUUAAGAGAUAUGGAGAUCUCCACAAGGAUUUGGAGAAGAGUCCCAAUAAUUAUUAAAAUUCUGGACUAGAUCUAUUAGGAAAGAUAGAUGGACUAUAAGGCACUUGCCCAAGAAACUGCUCAAGAAGUUUUAGACUACAGUCAAGACACAUCAGGCUGGAAAGUGGUUAAGACUUCAAAAAAGAUAACUGUUUCCAGCAAGGCUUCUAAAAAAUUCCAUGGAAAUCUAUACCGUGUCGAAGGAAUAAUUCCAGAAUCAACAGCUAAACUGUCUGAUUUCCUCUACAAACCUGAAAACAGAGUUACAUGGGAUAAAUCAUUGAAGGUGUACAAUAUGGUACACAGGAUUGAUUCGGACACAAUCAUAUGUCAUACCAUUACACAGAGUUUUGCCAUGGGCUCAAUUUCCCCCCGAGACUUUAUCGACUUAGUGUACUUCAAGCGCUACGAAGGGAAUAUGGAUAUUAUCAGUUCUAACAGUGUGGAUUUUCCAGCAUAUCCUCCAUCUUCAAGUUAUGUCCGUGGUUAUAACCAUGCUUGCGGCUAUAUAUGUUCUCCUCUGCAAGAGAACCCAGCGCAUUCCAAACUAGUGAUGUUUAUCCAGACAGAAAUGAGAGGAAAAUUGUCCCCAUCAAUAAUUGAAGCAACCAUGCCUUCCAACUUAGUAAGCUUCAUCCUCAAUGCAAAGGAUGGAAUAAAGGCACUCAGAUCUCCAGUAGGACGUGGAUACCAUCAUAGCGGUCACUCAUCAUUCCUGAAGAAGAAGUGAGGCCAUAGAAAAGCACGUGUGGCAGUUACUGCAGUUUACUUCCAAGUCAGUAAUGCAUAAAUCCUGUUAAACUAUUCUAAACAGUAUCCCUGUACAAAUUACAGAAGGUACUUUGUGGAAAUAAGAACUCAUAGUUGUACAAGAGAACAGCAUUAAAUAUAGUUUUUAAUCUCAUAUAAGAAUGAUGUUCAUAACAAGUGUUCUUUUUUUUUUUUUUUAAGAUUUUAUUUAUUUAUUUGACACAGAGAGAGAGA